CCACCGUAUCUCGUGUCUGUGAUUCAUGCUGCCUUGACUGGCGUCUGACGAGAAGCCCUGCUCUUGACGGGGGCCUGUGGAACGACGCUCGCAGGCGGCAGCAGCACCUAGCACCGAGGCCAGCGCCAAAAAUGCCGGCACGGCCAAAGCCCACGCAACGAUGGCUCGCCUCAAUCCUGCCGCCAUGACGCCUGCGCCGGGCCACGCGCCAUUCACGCUGCAGCCGCUCAUCGGGCACCUGCUCCAGACUCGCCGCUGCAUGCCGGGCUCCAUUUUUCUGGUCGAGGGCAUCGACGUGCUGCCGGUGGCGGAUGAGGACGACUCGCAUGCCAUCCGAUUGGUGCUGGGCGACGGCGAGCUGUGCCUUCAGGCAUUGCUGCAUCCCGACAUGUUUCACCUGGUCGAGCAGCGGGACGUAUUCGUGGGAUGCUGCGUCAGGGUGGGCGACUUUAUGCUGCGGCUGGAAGAGCCCGAUGGGGGCGGCGUCUUUGGCGAGGGGGAGGAGGAAGAGGAGGAGAGACGAGAGAGACGGGAAGACGACGCCAAGGCCAUGGCGUAUCUGAUUGUAAACGAGCUGGAGACUGCUGGAUGGAAUGAGACGUACAUGGCCUUGUGGCGGAACCGCGAGAAGAGCCGCAGUGUCGCGGAUGAUGCCAGCUCCGAGGGGGCAGCAGCUGUGGAAGAGGAUCGAGACCGGGGGGCACCGGGCGAGGCAACCACCACGACUCCCAAGGCAUCCAAGCCACAGAGCAGCAAUGCAAUAAGAUUCGCGGAUCGGCCAGAUUCACCCUCCGUCAAGACCCCUACCAAGACACCGACCAAGACGCAGGUCAAGGCACAAAAGGGCAAGGCCAGAGUUAGCUUCAAGCUGCCGGGACUCGACUCUGACAAUGACAAUGACAAUGACGAUGACGAUGAUGACGACGACGACGAGGACCUAGAGGAGGCAUUCGAGGCAUUCGAAACACGCACAUUCCCCCUUCGAAGUGCCAUCACUGGGAACAGCACUGCUGCUGCUCGUGCUGCUGUUGGCUCCAAGCCCAAGACACCAGCAUCGGAUGCAAGGGAGAUGACGGCGGCAGCAGGCGACAUUAACCCCGACAAGUCGCAGCAGCAGCAGCAGCAGCCCAUUGCGCUACCCAGAGACUGGCAUAACCAACAGGUCCCUCUCAAGCUCACCACCCUGCGCCUCAUCCCGCAUCUGCCGUAUGCACAAAACUGGUCCUGCAACGUGCUCGCCAUCCUCGUCUCCCUCUCGCCCGUGGAGCCCUCUCAUCUGCCGCCGGGAAAGCAGCGAACGGCUCGCAUCGCCGACCCCUCGACGGCCAAACAGGUGCAUCUCACCGUGUUUCUGGACCCGGACGGGUUCACGCCCAAGGUGGGCAGCGCGGUGCUGCUUGUCGGCGUGAAGAACCACCGCUUCGAUGGCGGCAGCUUGAAGAAGUAUGCUAGCGAUGGGAAGAGAGAUGCUGGCGAGAAGCGGUGGUGGUUCGAGGACCCCUGGGAGUUGGAGUGGCUGGACGUGGCAGGGAUCAAGGAGUGGUGGAAAGGCAUGGAAGAGUAUUACGGGCAGACGGGACCGGCACGAAGCGAAGGCCUAGAGCGAGCAUGAAAAGGCACUACUGGCGGAGAGUGUGGGGGAUCAGUCGUAUGACUUUUGCCUCUGUGAUGUGUUGAAUCUUUUAAAUCUUGUAAUGUCUAUACUAAUCUAAUGCUAAUGUUAUACU